CAGUGUGAGCGGCGCUGGGUCCGCGUGUGCUCCGCUGCUUGCUGCCUGCCGGCUGGGCUGCAAAAAGCAGAGCAGCGCUCAUGUCGUGGCUCUUCGGGCUGAACCGCGGCGGCGGCGGCGGCGGAGAUGCGGGUCUGGGAGCUCCCCCCGGGGCCCCGGCGCUGCCGCCUUCGCCGGCGGGGGCCUCUGGGGAAGGGCCGGGCGAAGGGGGCCGCCCCAAGGACAAAUGGAGCAACUUCGACCCCACCGGCCUGGAGCGCGCGGCCAAGGCUGCCAGGGAGCUGGACGCCUCCCGACAUGCGAAAGAGGCCCUCCACAUGGCCCAGUUGCAGGAACAGACCCUCCAGUUAGAACAGCAGUCCAAGCUAAAGGAAUAUGAGGCUGCCAUAGAGCAGCUGAAGAACGAGCAGAUCCGUGUGCAAGCUGAGGAAAGGAGGAAGACGCUUACCGAAGAGACAAGGCAGCAGCAAGCGAGAGCGCAGUACCAAGACAAGCUGGCCAGGCAACGCUACGAAGACCAACUGCGACAGCAGCAACUCCUAAAUGAGGAGAACUUGAGGAAGCAGGAGGAAUCGGUUCAGAAGCAGGAGGCAAUGAGGCGUGCUACCGUGGAGCGGGAGAUGGAGCUCCGGCACAAGAAUGAGAUGCUGCGGAUCGAGGCCGAAGCACGCGCCCGUGCAAAGGCCGAGCGGGAGAACGCCGACCUCAUCCGGGAGCAGAUCCGGUUAAAAGCAGCCGAGCAUCGCCAGACGGUGCUUGAUUCCCUCAAGACUGCUGGGACGUUGUUUGGAGAAGGGUUUCGUGCCUUUGUGACUGACUGGGACAAAGUGACAGCUACGGUGGCCGGCCUGACACUUCUGGCUGUUGGCAUUUACAGCGCCAAGAAUGCAACUGCGGUCGCUGGCCGGUACAUUGAGGCCCGCCUGGGCAAGCCGUCGUUGGUGAGGGAAACCUCUCGUUUCACCAUCCUGGAAGCUCUCAAGCAUCCCAUUAAGCUUGGCAAGCGACUCACCAGCAAGGCCCAGGAUGCCCUCGAAGGAGUCAUUCUCAGUCCAAAGCUGGAGGAGCGAGUGAGAGACAUUGCCAUUGCGACACGGAACACGCGGAACAACAAAAGCUUGUACAGGAACAUCCUCAUGUACGGCCCCCCUGGGACGGGGAAGACUCUCUUUGCCAAGAAAUUAGCCAUGCAUUCUGGCAUGGAUUACGCCAUCAUGACUGGUGGUGACGUCGCCCCCAUGGGGCGGGAAGGAGUUACUGCCAUGCACAAGGUCUUUGACUGGGCAAACACAAGCCGGAGAGGCCUCUUGUUGUUUGUGGACGAAGCUGAUGCGUUCCUGCGGAAGAGGUCGACGGAAAAAAUCAGCGAAGACCUACGAGCCACGUUGAAUGCCUUCCUGCACAGGACGGGGCAGCACAGCAACAAGUUCAUGCUCGUCUUAGCCAGCAACCAACCGGAGCAGUUUGACUGGGCCAUCAAUGACCGGAUAGACGAAAUGGUUAAUUUUAAGCUGCCAGAGCUGGAAGAGAGAGAGCGUCUGGUCCGGAUGUAUUUUGACAAGCACGUCCUGAAGCCGGCCACUGAGGGAAAGCAGCGUCUGAAGCUCGCCCAGUUUGACUAUGGGAAGAAGUGUUCAGAGAUCGCCAAGCUGACCGAAGGCAUGUCUGGCCGAGAGAUCUCUCAGCUCGCCGUGGCCUGGCAGGCCGCAGCGUAUGCCUCCGAGGACGGUGUCCUCACGGAAGCCAUGAUCGACGCCCGGGUGGCCGAUGCCGUUCAGCAACACAAGCAGAAGAUGGAGUGGUUAAAAGCUGAGGGGGUGGAGCCGGGCAAGAGCCAACCGUUGCCUCUCACGAUGGGGAAGGGCCUAUGAGGAAGCUUUGGGGGCGGGAGAGGGAAGGACAGGAUAGAACGGGGAGGACGCAACAGACCAUUGCGACGUGUGGAGCAAAAGAUGCUGGGGAAACCGACUCUCGCCUUGCAGCCGCGGUCCACCUGGAAUCAUGUCGAAAGUGAACACAACGUCGCGCUGGUGAAAGUGAGGGCCAAUCUUUGGAGUCUGCUUUCUUGGGGUUUUUAUAUAUA